AGUCAUUUUAAUAUCCUUAACCUACAAAGCAAAAGUUCUCAUCUAGAAAAAUUCUGGGCUGCUUAAAACAUUUUUAAUAUCGUAAAAGCCAACAGCUUUGUACUAACAGCUCCACCCAGCUGAGUAACGUAAUUGAGCUAGAAGAAAACACAAAAUCUAUAAAACUAUGCCAAAAUACGUGCAUCAGUGCAAAAUAUGUUUAUCCUAUCCUAAUAAACGCACAGUAUCCACACAGCUCCCUGUUUGAAAAAGGCAUGAUGUAAUAAACAUCCCUGGGAUCCUUAAUGAAGAGAAGCAACAAAAACAGCCUGGCAGAAGGAUAGUACGGUUCUGAGAUUAGUGGCUUGAGCAAAAAGCUGGCAUGUGGAAUUGCAGUCUUUUUAUAUAAUGGAUUUUGACAACCAUCUCCUUUAGGACCCAGUGGGAAUGUCAUUUGACAGGGCAAACUUCAUGAGUAAUGGCCAAUCAUGAAGCAGCAACGAAGGAAGCGCUUAGAGUAAGAAGCCCUGGAAAGCCUGUCUAAAACAUUAAAUCAGUAAAGCGGUGUUUCUAACAAUGAUCGCUCUGACAAACACAGGACCCUGGAACUAUAGCUGAUUCAAUGUUUAAACCUAAGUGGACUUGUACUGCAGGAGGUUAUUGGAGUGCAGAGUGUCUCAUCACACUUUCCCAUAAAAUGCCUUAUUUUGGAAAACUCAUUUUAUUCAUCUUUUACUUGGUCCUUCUUGUGGAGAGCAGAAAACAUCGGAGGCGACGAUGGGCAGGUCAGCUGGAGUCUCAAAGAGUAAGUCACAUCUACAAGAAGAACCAUGAUGUAACCAAAACAUGGAAAGGAAAGCCUGAGCAGCUUCUCAGAGUAGAUGAUCAUGACUUCACCAUGAGGCCAGCCUUUGGAGGCCCUGCAAUUCCAGUUGGGGUGGAUGUACAGGUUGAAAGCUUGGACAGUAUUUCUGAGGUCGAUAUGGAUUUUACUAUGACUCUAUACUUAAGACACUACUGGAAGGAUGAACGCCUGUCAUUUCCCAGCACCACUAACAAAAGCAUGACUUUUGAUGGCAGACUGGUUAAGAAGAUCUGGGUUCCAGAUGUUUUCUUUGUUCACUCCAAAAGAUCAUUCAUUCAUGACACAACCACUGACAACAUCAUGCUGCGAGUGUUCCCGGAUGGUCAUGUGCUUUAUAGCAUGAGGAUCACUGUCACAGCAAUGUGCAACAUGGACUUCAGCCGAUUUCCCCUGGACACUCAGACUUGUUCUUUGGAGCUGGAAAGCUAUGCGUACACUGAUGAAGAUCUGAUGCUGUAUUGGAAAAAUGGGAAUGAAUCUCUAAAAACCGAUGAGAAGAUUUCUUUGUCUCAGUUUUUGAUACAAAAGUUCCAUACUACCUCGAGACUUGCUUUCUACAGUAGCACUGGGUGGUACAAUCGCCUGUAUAUAAACUUCACAUUGCGGCGCCACAUCUUCUUCUUCUUGCUCCAAACCUACUUCCCUGCCACUCUGAUGGUCAUGCUGUCCUGGGUGUCCUUCUGGAUUGAUCGCAGAGCAGUACCUGCCAGAGUCUCAUUGGGGAUAACCACGGUGCUGACCAUGUCCACCAUCAUCACUGGUGUCAAUGCCUCCAUGCCCCGUGUUUCCUACAUCAAAGCUGUGGACAUCUACCUAUGGGUCAGUUUUGUGUUCGUCUUUCUAUCAGUGCUGGAAUAUGCGGCAGUGAACUAUUUGACUACAGUGCAAGAACGGAAGGAGAGGAAGCUGAGAGAGAGGUUUUCAUGUUCUUGUGGAAUACCUCAUACAACUAUGAUGCUGGAUGGAAACUACAGUGAAUCUGAUGCCAACAGUUUGGCAGGGUAUACACGGAGCCAAAUAGUAACCGAGGAAGAAAAACAAGAAAAGAUCAUGGUCCAUUUGGCCAUGAGCAAUGAAUCUAACUCAUCAAGAAAGAGAAGGCUGGGAAGCCAUGUGGGCCAGCGCAUCAUGCAGAACACUCAUGCAAUUGAUAAAUACUCAAGAUUAAUAUUUCCAGGCACUUAUAUAUUGUUUAAUUUGAUAUACUGGUCUGUCUUUAGCUAGACAUGCAGAGGCAUUGACUGAAGCAGAAAACAUUUGCAAGAUUUUGUUUGAGGUUUUAAGUCCAAUUUGAAUGAUAAACUAGAAAACUGAUUCUCCUGUUGCACCUUCGGAGAAUAAAACACUGGAUAUGUCCUACAAUAGGUACCUGCUCCCAAAAGCAUUACAGGGAAUUUGUUGUGUCAUUUGCUCUCUACUUGACUGCUGCACUUCCCCUUGGCUUUAUGAUAUGUCCAUUUCUUACACUUGAAAACAUGAAGCUUUGUCUAAGCAACUGUUGCCAUAAGUGUUGUUGGAGCUAGGCAGCGUUGACGGUCCCUGACAUGCAGGGGGAAGCUACUGUUAGAAUCACCCAGCAUCAUUUGCUGGAUGAAAGUGCAGGGUCCAAUGUUUGUGGUGAGAUGCCUGUAAAGAAUAUGUUUUAUUAGGAUAUGGAAUAAAUACUUGACUUUUAAAUGUCUAAGUAAAAUCAGAGCUCUCUCUUCAGGAAAUUGGGUUGCUGCUUCUGUGGCUUGUAAACAAUGGCACUGUUUCAGGAAGCACACAUUCAACAAGCCACCAGAUAAAAUUCACGAGUCCUUAAGUAAAAUUCCCUUUAACUUCAAUGGAAGCAUUGUGCGAUUGCUCUACAGAAUCUGGCCUAUAUAGCCCACAUGGUUUACCUGGCCAUGUUCAUAUGGUGCAAGGCGGCACCAGGGUGAGAUGUUGCUGUGUUGAGAAACACUGUCUACUCUGCACGUUUCAGCUGUCGAAUGAAAGGCAGUCCUCUCAGAGAUGUUGCUGCCUGGCACUGUGGAGUCUGUGAUCAUUCCCUUGAUUUUUCUCACUAAAAAUGGGGAAUGAUGAUAAAAUGAAGCCAAAAAACCACUGAGUUUAGUAGCAUAGACUCUGGAGCUGGUUUGUUUUGAUCACAAGGAAAUUUAAAUAUAUUUGUAAGCCAACUGUGGCGUAUGAUGCACUGUGCCUGAGGGUCUACCACUCUGAAGUGGGUCUGAGGUUACAGUUUACACCCUAUGAUGAGUAUACAGAAAUGAGGAGCUGAUUCAGGAGCAGCUCUCUUCAGUUCUUCUCUUCAUGGGCCAAAGCAGAGAACAGUUUUGAGAACAACUUUGACUGCCUUACAGGAGCACAAGGCCUGCCCUCAACCCUAACAGAAAAGUGCUGCCCACAGAGAAAAUAUAACCUAGCAUGCAGAGCUCUCCUCCUUAUCCUCCUGUCUUGGACUUUUUCAUCAAGAGCAAAAGUUGCAUUCUGGAGCUUGUUGCCUCUGCAGGUGCAGCUUCAUUUUAAAGACAAAGCUCCAUGAACUACACCUAUGCCACUGGCUAAAAGGUGCAAAUAAUUCCUUAGUAGAAACCUGAGAGAACUAUGGCAAGCAUCAACGGACGGCAUUUCAUGCAUCACCCGGUGUUGUCUCCUCUUCCACUGCUACUAAUGCUGUUAGCAACAUGAAAAACUUUUUCUACACAAUAGCAGGACACAGAUCACCUGAUUUGGUCUUUAAUUUUUAAGGACAUCUGCCUGCACAGUGGGCAGUGGAAAUGAUGCUCUUAGUUGCAGCAUCUGGGUGCCAAGUUGGAACGUAUUAAGGAUGGGCAGACCUGCAGUGGGGUGAUCCAGUGUUGAAGUCAGAAUCUGUUUCAGCACUAUGAUUAAACUAAGCAAUGGACUAGUUUGCUGACAGGAAGGAUUCAAGUAAUGUAGAUGAUGUACAAGGAAGUAAAUCUCUAGCAGUAUUCUGCACAUACCAAAUGAAUUGUGAUCCCAUUAUUAAGAAAAAAACACUACAAGCCUACUGGGCGUUAACAUUUUCAAUUUACAAUAGCAGUAAUGACUUUUUCAUGGUGGUCUAGUUACAAGCUAGGAAGAGUUAACUAAUAAGAGUUCUGUGUUGGCAUAAAGGAGAAAAGAUAUUAAUAUUACACAAUAAACCCUACAGAAACACUCCAGACAUCAUUACAGAAGCUACAAUUACAAGUUAACCAAUGCGUUUCUGAGCAUUAGCAUUAAAAUACAGUUUUAGCUAUCAAAUCAGGAUACUUGCUAUCGUUGAUCAAUUCUUCUAAAGGAAGAGAGGAAAAUCAUUGGAUUAGAUUGGAGAAGUGGGAGACAAGAAACCCAGAUUCUAUGUGUAGCUCUGCCAGUCUACCUUUGUUAUGUCGGCAUGUCAUUUUGCCUCUCUGUGCCUCGGUAUUCCCACUUGUAAAAUACCUACCUCACGGGGUGUUAAGAAGCUUAAUUCAGUAGUGCUUAUGAAGUACCAUUAAAAUCUUUGAAUGGGCACCCCUAUGGAAUUUAUACUGAGUAGAUCAGAUUGGUCCACUAAAUCGAUCAGACUUCAACUAGCGAUGUAUUGGGCAUCAAGAUCCACUAGAUAAAAUGAUUUAACCUUCACCAGCCAUUUAGACAUGUGGAAAUAAUGCCUUUGGCUGUAACUCCACUGAUUUUAGGAGCAUUUCAUAAGGGAUAAAUGAAUGCUGUGACUGGAUAAUGCUAUUGGACAGUGCUGUGAAAAUAAAUGUCUUGGCUUUA